AGUGCGGUUUAUUACAACUUUUAAAGUAUUUUAAUAAUACUUAUAAUGUUAUGGAUACUUUUGAUUUUUACCACAUUGUUACUAGCAUUGCUUGUUUAUUAUAAAUUCGAUAAAAAUGACGAUUUCGAUAAAAUUCCUGGACCGAAAGGAUUAUUUUUAUUACACAACACUUUGGACUUCUUAGAGGGACCUGUGUUCGCGUUUUAUUAUUUCCGACAGUUAACACAAAAAUACAAACAGCUAUUUAAAUUACAAAUCGGGAAUAAAAAAGUUGUUGCUAUAUACAAUCCGGAAGAUGCUGAGACAAUUUUAAGUGAUAUGAAAUAUAUAACCAAAGGUUACCCGUACAAAUUUAUAAAGCCGUGGAUGGCGGAAGGAUUAGCAAUAAGUACAGGAGAAAAAUGGGCAUUCAGAAGAAAGCUAUUAACACCCGCUUUUAAUUUUAAUAUAUUAAAGAUUUACAAAAUCAUAUUAGAAGAAAACAGUCGAAAAUUAGUUGAAAAUUUACAAUGUGAAGUUGGUAAAUCAAAAACCGACGUGGAACAUUACUUGCAGAACUUCACGUUGAAUUCGAUUUGUGAAACCGCAAUGGGUAUCAAACUAGACGAAGAAUCAAAAGAUUUUGCGAAGGCGUACAAACAAGGAGUGUUCGACUUAUCCAACAUCGCCAUUGUCAGGACUUUGAAACUUUGGAUGCAUUCAGAUUUUAUCUUUUCCCUAACCGAAUUAGGUCGUAAGCAAAAGAAGACAUUGCUUAUGAUGAAUCAAUUUCGUGAUCGUGUUAUUGAUAUGAGGAGAAAAACGUUUAAAGAAGACGAUGUUAUAAUAACAGACGAAGAUAUUACUUUCAAAGGGAAAAAAAGAUUAGCAAUGUUGGAUUUGCUGCUUCAGGCAGAAAAACAAGGGGCGAUCGAUGCGGACGGUAUCAAAGAAGAAGUUGAUACAUUUAUGUUCGGAGGUCACGAUACUUCUGCGACUGCUCUGCAAUACGCUUUGAUGAUAUUUGCAAAUAACUUUGAUGCCCAGGAGCGUAUUAUUCAAGAGUAUAAUGAAUUUUUUCCAUCUUUGGAUCAAUCGAUUUCUUUGAAUGACCUUGCUAAAUUGAAAUAUCUCGACUGUUGCGUCAAAGAAUGCCUCAGAUUAUACCCCUCAGUGCCUGUUAUUUUAAGGAAUAUUAAACAAUCCGUAAAAUUGAAGGACAACGUGAUGCCGGCUGGUACCCAGUGUCUAAUCUUGAUAUACGACCUACACAGACGUGAGGAUCAGUUCCCCAACCCAGACAAGUUCCAACCUGAAAGGUUCAUAACUGACAGGCCCACUUGGCAUCCGUACGCAUACGUACCCUUUAGUGCUGGACCACGCAAUUGUAUUGGUCAGAAAUUCGUACUGAUUGAAAUGAAGCUGGCUAUAUUAGCUAUACUAAGACGGUACCGGCUACUGCCAGUUACCAAACCUGAAGACAUUGUCUUCACCUCUGAUUUGAUGCUCCGCUCUACAAAACCAGUCUAUGUUAAGUUUGAGGAACGAAUAUAAUCUUAAAAUUACGCAUGUC